AUGAAACCUCUCCGUGUCUCUCCCCAGAUGUGCAAGAAGUUCACCAUCUGCGGGAACAGCAUGGAAAUGCUCGUCCAGAACAACCUCAACCUCCCCCAGGUGACGAAGGAAGACGGGUGCCUGCUCGCUGGCUUCAACGAGGAUAAAUGCUUGAGGAAAAUCUCCAGCGGGCUUUAUACAUUCCAGACAUACCUUCAAUACGUACAAGAAACUUUUACUAGUGAAAAGCAAAAUGUUGAAUGGCUGUGCUACAGUACAGAGCACCUGGCACACACCGUAAGACAGAUGGUGAUCAAUCCCAGUGAAGUGAUCAUCCCGGACUCAGCCACCCAGGAAUCCCUCCGCACAAAGCUGAAGUCCAAUAAGACCUGGGUAGAGAAAAUCACCACCCACCUCAUCCUCCGAGACUUUACUUCAUUUAUGGAGAAAACCGUGAGGGCCAUUCGCUACGUGAAAAACACCAGGAGUUUCGGUGUCUGAAUGUUUUAAUUCAGGCACAAUCCUUUG